AUGGGGUCGAUGAGGCUGAAGAAGGGGAUGCGGAGGAGCAGUGGCGCUGCUGUGGGGUCUGUGAACGCGAAUGAGAAGCGAGGAGCGAACGGUGAAGAAAUCCCGGCGAUUGCAGGUACUUGGACGGAGGUAUGCUCCGGCAGCCUCCUGUUCUUCUUUAUCUGGUCCGGUAAUCCAACAACUAGGGAAUAUAACUGGAAAUUAUUUACCUCAAUCGAGAUUGAUUUUAUCUCGAUUUUGAUUCAAGAUCGAGAUUGUGUUCAUCAUCUUAUUAAAUUCGAUUUCUUCAAUGGUUUAUUUCUGUUCGAUUGA